GGUCUGCAUAUUGCAGUACUGGCAGUGUGUGUGUGCUUGUGUUUUUGUGAGGGUGCAUGUUUCUGGGUGGACUUCAGCUACAACAGUGCCCCCCUCCAUGUGUGUGUCAGCAGGGCUGACCAAGCGACAGUCAUCUUGAGCACAAGAGAGACCUUUCUUAGAAUGCAGAUGGUAUAAGCAGUGAGGGGAAAAGUUUCUGACUGUUCGUCUGAGCCUCAGCUAAUUCAGUCAGUCAGAGUGGAUCCAGGAGGGGAGAAACAGCGGCAUCGGGAGCAGCUGAGAAGGACUCCUACUUGAGCUCGUCUCAGACUUGGAUUUCUGGUGUUGAUUGAUUACCUGUCAGUGUAACGGAGCCUUAAGCUGUGCAUCACCAGUCAAUAGAGCUGAAGGAUUCAACAAGGCUGUCUGUAUAGAAGAUUGGAGCUGCUGCAAUGGACGAUCAGAGUCUGUUCCAACACAGCAGUUCUCAGGGCACUGCAGGUCAGUCCAGCACUGAAGGUCAGAGGUCAAACAUGAUCCGGUGUGGUUGGCUCAGGAAGCAAGGAGGUUUUGUCAAGACCUGGCACAGCCGUUGGUUCGUUCUGAGAGGGGAACUUCUCUACUAUUACAAAGAUGAGGAGGAGACCAAACCCCUGGGGGUCAUUCCUUUACCAGGAAACAAAGUUUCUGAACAUCCAACCAGCGGAGAUGAAGGAGGAAAAUUUCUUUUCGAGGUCAUUCCAGGGGGAGAUAGAGAGCGGAUGACAACCAACCAUGAGACCUACCUACUUAUGGCCAGCACCCAGAAUGACAUGGAGGAUUGGGUGAAGACGAUUCGGAGGGUCAUCUGGGCACCUUUUGGUGGAGGGAUCUUUGGCCAGAAGCUGGAGGAGACGGUGCGGUAUGAGCGCCGGUUUGGGAACAAGCUCGCCCCAAUGCUAGUUGAGCAGUGCGUUGACUUCAUUCGCCAGUGGGGGCUUCAAGAAGAGGGUCUAUUCAGACUCCCAGGACAGGCGAAUCUUGUUAAAGAGCUGCAGGAUGCCUUCGACUGUGGGGAGAAGCCAUCAUUUGAUUGUAACACAGACGUGCAUACGGUAGCUUCCCUACUGAAGCUGUACCUCAGAGAGCUACCUGAGCCAGUCAUCCCCUUCAUGAAAUAUGAAGAGUUCCUGGCCAACGCAAAACUCCUGGGCAAAGAUGAUGAAAUGGGCAUGAAGGAACUGAAAAAGCUGGUGGAAAGUUUACCUUCUGUAAACUACAACCUCCUGAAGUACAUCUGCAGAUUUCUUGAUGAAGUCCAGUCAUAUUCGGGGGUGAAUAAAAUGAGCGUCCAGAACUUGGCGACUGUCUUUGGGCCAAACAUCUUAAGGCCAAAGGUAGAGGAUCCGGUAACAAUCAUGGAAGGAACCGUUCUGGUCCAACAGCUCAUGGCUGUUUUGAUCGGCCAUCACGAUGUGCUGUUUCCCAGGGACGAAGUCAAACCCACUUCUCUUGAACUCGCCAACAACAACAACACUGAACCACAGAAGGGACAAGUCACCAAUACUACCUCAGCAGUCAGCUCCCUGUCUCAGAAUGCAGAGAACAACAACUCACAGCAGGCAAGGCAGUGUGUUUGGGAGGCGGCGGAGUCUCAACGGCAACAAGUCCACAACGGCGGCUCCCCACGAUCUGUGAGUCCGAGGAAUGUCAUCACUGGACGCUAUGAAAUGACGCGCAGUCCACCCCUGAUGGUGAAGAAGAACCCAGCGUUCAAUAAAGGAAGUGGAAUUGUUACUAAUGGGUCCUUCAGCUCCUCGCCCCCGUCAGACUUUGAUAGGACCCAGAACGUGACUCUAGGAGGGAGUUUGCCCAUGCGACGAAGUGGGGCACUUAAAGGCCCCGGCACCAAAAUGGGCACUAGUGGGGUGACGAGUGGAGGCAGUCCUUCAGCGAAUGGGACAGGUACUCUUCGCCUGGGGGUUUCUGGUUCUGACAUCAUCACAGGAAGUCCAAGCAACCGUAAUGGGCUUUGGGUCCCAAAUGGCUGCGUCGCCCUCAGGGAGAACAGUAAGACCCGUGACAGUUCCAAUAACGGAGAUCAAACAACCAAUCAGAACCGCCUGUCCACGUAUGACAAUGUCCAAUUGAACCACCAGAACCUGCAGAACCAGAUCACCAGCAUGUGUCUGAAUACCAGCUGUGAGGACAAGCAGAGUGUGGACAGCGCCACCUGGUCCACUUCCUCCUGUGAAAUCUCCCUCCCAGACAACUCCACCUCCUGCCGCUCCUCCACCACAACCUGCCCAGAGCAGGACUUCUACAGUGGACCAUAUGAAGACCUGGACGGAGCGGCUCAGGAAGGCGAGCCUCCUCAGUCAGGGGGAGGGGGCAGGAACAGCAGCGGGGAAGGGAGCGGAGAUGGAGCAGGAGGAAGCAAUCGGGGCACAGGCAGUAGUGAUACUAGUGAAGGUUUCCCUUUGGGUAAUGGAGCUGGCAGCCACAGCGCUCUGCACAGUCUAGUGGCCAGCCUGAAACAGGAGAUGCACAAACAGAAGACGGAUUAUGAGGCCAGGAUUAAAAGUUUGGAGCAGCGCAAUCUGGAGCUGGAGACGGAGAUGGUGGGCCUCCACGAGGAGCUGGACCAGGAGAGGAAGAAGUACACCAUGGUGGAAAUCAAGCUGCGCAACGCUGAGCGGGCCAAGGAGGACGCUGAGAGGCGAAACCAGAUGCUGCAGAAAGAGAUGGAGCAGUUUUUCUCCACAUUUAGCGACCUCACAGCGACUGGCAACAAUGCAGCCUCUGAACAACGCCGACCGGACCGGAACAAUACCAUCUGGAUACAGUGAAAGGGAGGGCUGUGUAUAUGUGAUUACCCAUGGGACUUAAAACAGGAUUUGGAGGCCGGCUGAAGGAAAUUUAGAAGAAUGCAAGUGGCUAAAAAGGAAACCAUUGUAAAUAUAGACAUCACCUGGUGUGACGUCAGGAUUACAUUAUAUUUGUAUAUAGCAUUAUUUAAACACCUCAUGGACACUAUAGCCUUCCCAGAAACUGCUGUGGUGCUCGCCUCACUCGCAUCAGGAAAAAACGCCGUCAGGUUGUGAUUGCAAAUGGUACAUUUUAUGUUAGCUGUUCGGACUGAAUAUACGAGCGGAAAAGGUCAAAUAUGAAGCAACAUUGAAAGAAAAUAACCUCCAACAUGGAUCUCCAAUAAUAAUCUUGUCAAACUCCUCACCAAUUGGAUUCACUUCUUUUUGCUCUGAAUACAAUCUAGAGAACCAUUCUGCGUUGGCUCGUGUAUAUAGGGGGAAUCAAUGCCUGUAAAAAGAACUGAAUCUAAUACUAAAUGUUAAUAUUUAAGCAAAGUUAUGAUGGGGAUAUAUUUUAUAUCAGAACUGUUUUUUGUGUUUUUGCACUUCAGUUGGUACUGAAUGUUCUGUCAAUGUGCAUACCAUUUAAGUUGGUAGAUGUGUUGUGUAUUUACUUGUGCUUCUGUGCAGUUACAUCUACUCAUGACCAAAAAAAAAAAGAGCCUGUUCUGAACAUUUUGUUAUAGGUGUUUGAGGACACUACUUCUUAGUAUGCACUGUUUUUGACUGGUGUUUAGAUGACAUGGUAUCAGUUCAAACUGAAUCAUUGUAGCUUUAAAAAUGCAAUUUAAUCCUGGCACAUUCAGCUGUCAGGAAGACAUUUGCAUAAAUUCAUCUUUGACCAAGCAUGCAAUACUUAUUUUGGGCUUUAAUUAAUGAUGGAUUUGAACUGAACCUUUUCUUUUUUUUUUUAUGGUGGAACAAUUAUUCAACAAACAACUUUAAUGAAAUCAUAAAAAAAGAAUUUGCUACGCUAAAUAGAAUUAUUGAGUUGAUUCUCUCUAAUC